UUGCAGAAAGCGUCACAGAUUUUUUUUUUUAAAACAGCAAUCUUGCCUCACUCUGCCGCUGGACUCCAUUCUAACCACUGAUACAAUCACCUACCGCCUACAUCCCUGAUUUUGCCUCAUCCUAUCGCCCACUGUUCCUCGUAUUUUUAAUAAGGAAAAAUACAUCCCCAAAUUUCCACAAUGGCAAGCAACGAAGUCAAACCGACGGCGAAAGAGGAUGAGAAUGCCGGAAACUGGAAAGAUUCCAUCUUCAACCCAAGGACCGGGGAGUUUUGUGGGCGCACAGCGAAGAGCUGGGGCCUCAUCCUCCUGUUCUACCUGGUGUUCUAUGCGUUCCUGGCUGGGAUGUUUGUCCUCACCAUUUGGGUCAUGCUGCUGACGCUAGACGACUAUGUGCCAAAGUACCGCGACCGGGUGCCACACCCAGGGUUGGUCAUCCGGCCAAAGCAAUUGGACAUGCUGUUUAACAGAUCACAACCUCUCCAGUUCAACACGUAUGUCCAGACCUUAGAGUCUUACCUGCAACAGUACAAUGACACGGAGCAGGAGAGGAAUGAGGCGUGCGCGGCGGGGGUCUACUUUGAGCAGGAGGGCGAGGUGGGCGAGCAGAGGAAGGCGUGUCAGUUCAAGAGGAGCUCUCUGAGCCGCUGCUCCGGCCUGUCCGACUCCACCUUCGGUUACGCUGAGGGGAGACCAUGUGUCCUCCUCAAAAUGAAUAGGAUCAUUGGGCUGAAGCCACGUGGAGAUCCCUAUGUUAACUGCACGGCAAAGAGGGACAACCCCAUACAGAUGCAGUACUUCCCCAGUGAGGGACGCUUCGAUAAAAUGUAUUUCCCUUACUACGGCAACAAACUUCAUGAGAGGUAUGUGCAGCCUGUGGUUGCUGUUAAGCUGUUGCUGAACAAGGAGGACUACAACACAGAGCUGACCAUCGAAUGCCGGAUUGAGGGGUCCGACCUGCGCAACAACGAUGACCGAGACAAGUUCCUGGGCCGCGUCACCUUCCGAAUCACAGUCAAAGAGUAGGGAGUGGUGAGGAGGAGGCUAGUGUGGAGAAAUGUGGUUCUUACUCCUCCCGGAAGAUUCCUGGUUGAAUAAGAUAGGCCUAAUUCCAAACCAAUCCCUCCACCCUCACUCCAUAUACUUGGCGAGGGACAUUCAAAUCUGGUCUUUUUCAUAUCACCUUGGUAGUUCAUUGAUUCACCAGAUAAUCUACUCACCUGUUGUUACAGGUCAGUCUCUAGUUAGGCGGGAUGGGGAAGGAUUAAAACCAGCAGUUCUGUGAACCCUGAAUUACCGAUUUGAGUACCCUUCUCUUAGGCUCUUGACUCCAUCUUGUAUUUCUGAUAGGGUUGGAUAUGUGUAAGCAUAGCAAGAGUGCUAGAUGAAGCAAUUAUCAUAUCAUAGCUGAUGCCAAUCCAUUCCUUUCAGAUCUACAGUGCAUCACACCCAAAAAGGGCCUAGACUAGUGCCUACAAAUGUAGGAUCUUAAUUUGAUCAGUCUUUCGUUGCUGAGAAUUUAGCAGGAAAUGUAAACAAACAUUUCUAAAGUUUGUCAUUUCCACUGAAAUUUCCGACUUGAUUUGCCCUUAACGAAAAGUGUAUCCAGCCAUACAAAAAUUCCAUUAAUUAUAAUCCACAUAAUAAGUGGCUCAAAUUAAGAUCCUACAUCUGUGAUGGUAGGGGGUGAGAGAUUGGUGUGAGAUUGGAUCAAAGGAUAGGGUAGUGAUGUCAUCAAUUUUCAACUAUCUCCUGGAAAAAAGCGUUAAUCGUGCCAAAUUUAAUGGAACAUCUAGUUCCCUUGUUUACUUCAAUGUUUACUCUAUUACAGGCCUGGGCAACUCCAGUCCUCGGGGGCCUGAUUGGUGGUCACACUUUUGCCCCAUUCCCAGCUAACACACCUGACUCCAAUAAUCAACUAAUCAUGAUAUUCACUUAAAAAUGAGUUUAAAUCAGGUGUGUUUGCUAGGGAUGUGGGGGAAAAGUGUAACACCAAUCAGGACCCCGAGGACUGGAGUUGCUCAGGCCUGCUCUAGUAUGACAUCAUCUUUGUCUUCUCUUUCAUGAUGUCAUUCUAGCAGGAGUCUUUUCAUGACUCACCAAUCUAACGUCCAUCAGACCCUUCUAUUAGUCAGCUUUUGUUGUCUGACCCAGUGCUCUAGUGUUGAUCUAGGCUCAGAUCUUAUUUUCUAUUCAGAUGGUCUAGAUUGGAGCUUAGAUGUGGUAAACUGAACCUAGAUCAGGGCUUAGUGCCAAGGGUUGGAUCAACUGUCAGGAGUUAGCCUCAAUCAGUAUUUAACCAUCAGUCAUCCACUGUCAAUACAACCAUGUUUAAAGUUGACCCUCUCAUCUGAAAACAGAACAAAUAAUUAUUCCUCAACAUCACAUAGAUAUUGAGUCAACCCCAGUGAAACACUGUCAAACCCAGAACCCAGAUGCCCAAUUACAUGUCAUUUAGAAUCCUUUUUCUCUUGGGACCACAAUUUGAACCGCAUCAUAUUAUAAUAGGGAACUGUAGAUAGGUGUGUGUGUGGUGUGGUCUGACCACAACCCAGUGGUGUGCCGUCUGUCUGUCCGGCUGCAUGUCUGUGUGUCUGUUUACUCUACCCCUUACCUCACCACUGUAAUAGCCAAUGUGGAUGAGGUGAGUUAUCCUCCCUCCCAUACACACACACACGCACACACACACGCACACAAACAUGCACACACACACACACACAGAUGCACGCACAUACAUGCACAAACACUCUACAUCACACAUUCAUUUUAUGCACCUCACACACACACACACACACACACACACACACACACACACGUAAAGCGACCUGCGAGGAAGCGCUGUGUAAAUGCAAUCCAUUGUAUCUAUGUACUGUAUAUGCCUAUCUUUGGGUGGAAAGCGUGUCUGUUUGUCUCUUACUCUCAGUCUACCCCUCCCUUUGUCUUUCUCAAUGUAUAUAUUUAAUGGAUUCACACAGUAUUUUUUUUCUGUCACAGAACACAAUGUUUGAGCACUGUAAAGAAGAAACUAUAUAAACAAAGAUUUACAGGACAUGGAUCAUAUUCAAAAAGCUAUGUUACGGUCUAAAAUGGAAUCUUGAAGGAACAACUUGUUAUCAUCUGCAUGAUGCCGCAACAAUUGUGGAUUAAAAGGUGAUUUUGGAGAAGA